AUGUCCCAACACGUGUCCGCCAGACCACCCCACGGCGAUCUGACUGCUGGACAGGAAGAAACUCAGCGACAGCCGAUGGGAACCCUCGCUAGCGAAGAACGUCUCGCCGGAGCCAGGACAUCUAUCAACAAUGGACACGAGGACAGCGGUACAGGCAAUCGAAACAACGAUGGGGGCUCAAAUACCCUGUACAAACUGCUCGACAAAGCGUCAGACGAGGCCGAUGCGAUGAGUAAACUCAACCCUGAAUGGAAUGAGUUGAAGGGCAUGGUCAACAUUCCUUGUCCAGAGUAUGGAAAUAGAACCCCUCUCCAUAUCGCAGCCUACAAUGGCUUUAGAAGUGUGGUCAAGAAAUUACUCGACGAAGGCGCGGCGAAUUCAUCUGUCGGUGACGAAGAUGGAUGGACGCCACUACAUUUUGCUUGCUCAAAGGGUCACACAGAAGUGAUUGAUGAGCUACUCAGCCAUGACGCUGACCCCACGCUGGCUGACAGCUCUGGCGAAAAUCUGCUUCAUAUAGCUAUCGUCUAUGGCCAUGUAGCAGCUUUCGACAUCAUCAUCGAAAAGUGCCCCGAACUUGUCGGAAAAACUGACAUGGAAGGCACGACUCCCCUGCACUUGGCCAUCAUGUGCAGCAAUGAACUAAUGGUCACUGCCUGUCUCCAAAAGGGCGCGGCUACCAAUAUCAAAGAUAACGGUGGCUGGACGCCAUUAAUGAUGGCGGUGUCGUUUAAAGAUAAGAGUAUGAUGGAUAAGCUGAUCCAGCUAAAAACGGUGGAAUCAGAAACAUCCCCCCAUCUCGACACCCGCGACAAUGAUGGAAAAACCCCGCUCAUGGUAGCGUGUGAGAUGGCUUGGAGACAGGGGGUUGAGGCCUUAGGUUCUGCCGGUGCGAGUUACAAUCUCCAUGACUACCGCAGACGUACGGCCCUUCACUACGCAGUAGAGUCUGGAAAGAUGCCUAUUAUUGAAACUGCUGUCGAAAAAGCGGAUCCUGAGCUUUUUCUAGAGACAGAUGUCACUGGAAAGUCGGCGUUCGAGGAUUUUGAUUUCAACCAGGCCACCAACCAACAGAACCAGCUUGAUAGCAUCACAAAACUGUUUGUCAAACGUGUGAUCUCUGGAUAUACUCAAAGGGAUGCACUGGAGUGGGCUGCAAAAGGAUCAAAGCGAAGUAAAGUAUUUCGAAAGCUGAUAGAAACUAUAACGUCGAAUGACGUAUUCGAUGGCAUUGACGCUGAGGACUCUAGCGUCUUUGAGUUGGCAGUUCACUCAAGACUGCCAUGGGUACUCUGGAUUCUCAUCGAAAACUUUCCUGCGACACCAGAGGCCCUUGAACUGGUUGAGAAAGCUCGAGAACUUGCAAAGAACUUACUUGCACCAGAGAGAAUUUCGAAGAAAUCAAACAAGCUCAUACGGACUGAGCCUAGGGUUGAGCAAGACAAGCGAAAGCCAGACAGAGAGGACAUGAUCCUAUCCGACAUGCAAAACUACCUGAACGACUUUAUCGUGGCAGAAACUUACAGACGAAAUAUAUUCAAACCAGUAAAGCCGCGAGAAGGACUUCACGAGAUACCGCCCGGAUUUGAAGCUGCCAUCACCCAAUUCCUCUCAGGUGGAAUCGAGGGCGAAACAAAAUGGAUCAAAGAAUCGCGACCUGUCCAAGAUGUGAUUCAUGAGAAAGGUCCAGGAAGAAUUACUAAGGAGACGAUGGACAGAUGGUUUAACUAUCCACAGACUGAGGACGAUACGAAGAUCACAGCACAGUUAAAAUGGAUCCAUUUACCGUUGACUAACAUUGUUUGGAUGGAAGACCUUAUGAAGAGGAUUUUGAACGAAAGGGAAUUAUCCCUAAGAGACAAAAAUAGUACUGCGUCGUUCUUACGCAGCAGUUGGGUUCAAGUUCCUGAUCGUACAUCUGAUUCACGAUUCAUGAGGCCUCUCUACGUAGCCAAACAGAGCGGUGGAACUGGUGCUCUGGAGACGGUUGACCCAAGUUUGACUUCAGAUAUUGACGGAGUUAACCCAGGUCUGACUCCUGGUGAUGGUAAAGUUACCAACAGCAAGACGAAGCUCAAGAGGAUCCAAGAACAGAAUACGUCGAUACAACCCACCAUCUCUGCAGCUUAUAUGCCAUAUUUUUCCUUCUCCAAGUAUACUGUCAGCCCAACUACUAAUGUGCAGAAGGAGGCGGAGUUUCUCUACGAAAAGCUGCAGCAGGUCCACAAAGAUGAUGCACUUCACCGAUCUGCUACUCUGGAUGAAUCAUAUUAUCAUUUUGGGCCAGAAAAAGAGUCUAGAGAUGACCAAGAUGACCGUAACAGGACUCAGGUUGUCACAGAAUACUUGAAGGGGGAGAAGGGAGAGUCCGAGCACGCCUUCACUUUGAUAAGAGUCAAGCAGCUUUGGGUUUGGACCCUUCUGGAUGAGUGGGUUAUUACCGCCACAUCACAUGCAGUUGACCAAGUCCAAGAAGACGACUUGCCCAGAGACUUCUUGAACAAUCCAGUCGUACGAGACCAAAUCACGGAAGCAUCAUCUCAACCGAAAUUCGCGGCUCGCUUCGCAACACUUAUCACCAACUAUUGCGUAGAUGCCUAUGAGAGAAAACGAGCCAGCGAAGAACCAAACAUCGACAGUUCGAGUUCUAAUAGCCAUGGCGGGAGUGAAAAGCGUACUCGCUCAAUUCGCCAGAUCUUCUCUGAUACUGUCAACAACAUUGCGAGAAAAGAGAAGAAGUUGUUUCAGAAGUCUCUUGAAUUAGCAGGAUCGCGGAAGAAAAAGAAUACUGACGAGCUGGAGGCUGUCCUUGAAGGUGCUUCAGAUUUAGCUUGCGACAUCAAAGAUCUUCGGGAUGAGCUCAACAUCCUACGCAGCAUUGUCAAUUCUCAAGAGACUGUUCAAAGAGAAAUGGCAGGGAAUCCUGAAACGUUCGUUGGCAUUACGGGGCUCUACUUCAGGAAGGACAUCGAAGAAAUGGAAAACGUAGCCAAGCGUACACAGGAGAGUGUGGAUACGAUCCUGAAUCUUGCUGAGACUGAAAUUGCGAAUGAUCAGGCACGCCAGGCUACGAAGCAAGGAAGAACCAUGAUGGUCUUUACAGUGAUCACCAUCGUGUUUCUGCCACUCUCCUUCCUUUCAUCACUGUUUGCAUUGAGUGAUGUACCCUUUGCCCAAACCCCCGGCUGGGUCCAUGUCGUAAUUUUCUCGUUUCCUUCGCGAUUGCUGUUCCCGUUGCGUCCUUUGCUAUAUUUUCGGACGCCGUUGCUAAACAAUGGAACAAGAUUUGGAACCUGA